UGUCAGGAGAUAGCUGGGUGGCAGGGACAGGGGGAGAGGGGCUUUUCUCUGUGGCCACCUGCAAAGCCAUGUAAGAUCCCUGGCUUGACACAAAUACACAAUUCGCACCAAUAAUCCGUAAUUGGCUCCAAAUUUGUAACACAGCAUAAUUUAAACUUGAGGGAACCCGUGGAGCGGAUAGUUAAUCUACGAGUCCUAGAAGACGGUGGAAAAUAAAGUGACAAGUGCGCACCGGAGCUUCAUGGACACGCUCAGAAAUCCAAACUCCAAAAGAAGAGAUCCACACAAGUUCAGCACCAAGGAUAUCUGCAGUCAGUUUUGAUGUCAGGUGAAGGUGAAGCGAGACUGACGGAGCUUUUAUCUUUAGCCAGGUAACAGACAAAAACAGAUUUACUUUCUAAUCGUGUUCUGGGGCUGCGUAAGGCAUGAGUGGAGGUCGCUUUGAGUUUGAUGACGGCGGAGCUUAUUGCGGAGGCUGGGAGGGGGGCAAAGCUCACGGCCAUGGCAUCUGCACCGGACCCAAGGGCCAGGGCGAGUUCUCGGGCUCCUGGAACUACGGUUUCGAGGUGGUGGGAGUCUACACCUGGCCCAGCGGGAACACCUACGAGGGGUACUGGUCGCAGGGGAAGCGUCAUGGUCUCGGAGUAGAGACCAAAGGACACUGGAUUUACAAAGGGGAAUGGACUCACGGCUUCAAAGGGAGGUAUGGCAUCCGGAUCAGUGUUGGCAGUGGAGCAAAGUACGAAGGAACGUGGAAUAAUGGACUUCAGGAUGGAUACGGGACAGAGACAUAUGCUGAUGGAGGUACUUUCCAGGGUCAGUUCACUGGCGGGAUGCGGCAUGGCUAUGGCGUGCGUCAGAGUGUCCCCUACGGCAUGGCAGCGGUUGUCCGCUCCCCUCUUCGCACCUCCUUGACCUCCCUUCGCAGUGAGCACAGCAACGGCACCGUCCUCCAGCAAGACAUCCCCAUCAUCACCACCACCAACGCCUCAGGUGAAGAGACACCCGUCACCACCCCUACCCACCUCGGCCCGUCCCGCGGAGGCUUCGCCCUCACACUCCAGGUGGACCCAGAGGCAGUGAAACCCAAAAAGAAGGGCCUGUUCCGCAGGGGCUCCCUCCUGGGCAAGCUGAAGAAGUCCGACUCGAGCACAUCGCUGUCCAGCCAGAAGAGCAAGAUCAGCUUCCUGAGAACAGAGUCUGCUCUCAGCUCCAACGCCAGCGACACCAACUCCACCAUCAGCAUCGGGGACGAGAGCCUCGCCGGGGCCGAGGAUUUCCCCCCGGUGGAGGCCGACAUUGACGCCACCACCACAGAGGUCUACAUGGGUGAGUGGAAGAAUGACAAGCGCUCAGGAUAUGGAAUAAGUGAAAGGUCCAGCGGGUUGAAGUACGAGGGAGAGUGGCUCAACAACCAGAGGCACGGGUACGGCUGCACCACGUUCGCUGAGGGAGGGAAGGAGGAGGGCAAGUACAUGAACAACAUGCUGGUGAAGGCCAUGAAGAAGAGGGUGAUCCAGCUGAAGGGAACCAAGAUCAAGCAGAAGGUGGAGCGGGCGGUGGAGGGCGCUCAGAGGGCGGCAGCCAUCGCCAAGCAGAAGGCCGAGAUCGCUGCUUCCAGGACAACCCAUGCGAAGGCUAAGUCAGAUGCAGCUGAACAGGCGGCUCACGCCUCCAACAGUGAGUCCAGCAUUGCCAGACUGGUGGCCAAGGAGCUGUCCCCUACUUUCUACCAGCCAGGUCCGGAGUAUCUGAAGAAGAGAGUGUUACACGAGGCCGUGGAGGGCAGCGAGAACACAGAUAUUGUCAUGCAUGAGCCUCUGCUAGCUGAAGAGGAGCCCCUGCCCACACCUCCCGACAGCCCGCUCAUGAAUGAACUGGACAGCCUCAUGCUUGGCUCGUCUCCAGGUCGCACCCCUUCCCCCAGCCCAGGCAUUAUCAGCAAGGAAGAAUCCAAACUCCUCAGUCCAGGAAGCUGGAAUGAUGACAAAACCAGUAAAGGGGGUGGCACUAAGGGCAGUACUAAAGCCAACAGCAAGCCUAGUAGUCGCCCCUCUACCCCUUCAGCCUCAGGUUCCGCUGCACCUGACGGAGGAGGGGCCCCAAGCAGUCGUGGCCCCUCUCGCACUCCUAGCCGUCACAGCAAUAAGAAUGAGCAGGGUUCUGAUCUGGAGAUCAAGCCGCUGCAGAAGUUUGACUCUGAUGUGAAAACUCCAGACGUCACUCCUGCUGCCCCUGCCCCUGUAAGGAAUAGCCUCAUCUUGCCAGAUGAAGAAGAAGCACCGCGAUCUAAAGUGCCCUCCAAAGCUGUAACCCCCGAGCCUAAAGCCAAAGAGGCAAAAACAGAAAGAGCUUCAUCAGCCAACGAUCGAGCUCCGUCCAUCUAUGAGAACAAAGUGGAGUCCAGGGAGGCGAGCAGGCCGGCCAGCAAAGCAGAGACAAAGCCAUUACUAAAGCGGCAGGCCAGCCCCGCUCUAGCAUCAAAACCUGCACCCAAUCUUGAACCUAAAACACUGCCAAAGCAAGUGGAAGCCAAAGCUGCAAUUGCCAAAGCAGCCCUGAAGGUGGAUCCCAAAGCAGAGGCCAGACUUAAGGCCACGUUGUCAAGCCCAAGCAGUGAGGUCACAGAGUCUUUGGAGCCGGAGGGCCCAAACACUAUAAUGAUCUGCAUGGUAAUCCUGCUCAACAUCGGCCUGGCCAUACUCUUUGUUCACAUUUUGUCUUGAGACAUUUUCCACCAAGUCAGUCUGCUGCAGGUCACCAACUGUGUUGAAGAGAGACGGCGUUGCUCCUCCUCAGAAAGGACCAGAGAUCAAAGACACCGCUGAGGAGAGACAGAAGCCUCACGCUGCAGCUCUUCAUUUGUCAUUGGUGUGACUGUGUAAGGCUCUGUGAAACUCCUCUCUUUCCAGAGGUUAGAGAAACUGAAGGACAUUGAACAACUGAUUUUUUUUUUUUCAGUGCGUCUGAAUAGGAUUUGUAUGUUAAAGUCGGGGGGCUGAAUGGUAGAGAUUGUCUUGGUACUGAUGUUGGAGAAGCAGGGAAUUCAACUUUGUCACGGUGUGUCACAAGUGUUUUGCAAAACAGCUUUAAAUUAAAUCUAUAAUUGGCACCAACUGGCUGCCUCUCACAACACUGAACCAGGCAGAUAAUUGCAGUUUGUCACAAGAUAUGUAUUGUUUGAGUCAUGUAAUCACUGACUGAAGGAAUGUUAUUCUCUCUGUUAUGCCUUGAACUUGAUUAUUAAACCCUAAAAAAAAAAUUAAAAAAAAACUGCAGCAGAUGUGUGAAGGAUUUGGGAGUGAUAACUACUGCUGUUGUUUUAAUCUGCAAUUUCCAUCAGUGUCAUCAGUGUUAUCAUCAGUUAUAUUCUUAAUAGCAGGGUUAAGCUGAAGAAGAAAAAAAAGAUUAAAAAUUAAGUAGGACGACUGGAAAUGUGUGUCAGUCUAUAAGUCAAGUAGGUUAUUGUUUUCAUCCGGUUGCUCUUCACUCUAUUAAUUAAGACUCCAAGCUGCAUUACUGCUAAUUGCAUCCUGCAAACUCUUUAUUUGAGACUGUUGUGGCCUACACUGUGAAACUUUCUAUUUUCACUGAUAUAUAUAUAUACAUAUAUAUAUUUAUAUAUAUGCAUUUACUGUCAUUCUGCUGCUUUGGAGAGCUGAUAAACCAAAUGGAGAUGGAAAAUACGAAACUUAUGAGUGUCACUGCUAUUGUGUACGUACUUUAUGUUCUUGUGGCGUCUUGCAAUGCCGAGUAGCACCCAGUGGGAGGUGUGUACGUUUUGCAACAGGUUAAGGAAGCAGAAAAUGAUGGCUUAUUUUUAAGAAUCACUGAAUGUUGUAGGAAUGUGGCUGAACCUACAGAUUUAGAUUCAUACUGUGGCUGUGAUGCUUUUGUCUGAGAGCUCCCGUGGUUUCAUGUAUGCAUCAGUUUAGAAGACUGUCUACAGUGCAUUAUAUUCAGGGCCUGUCGUGCUUUUAAGCCAAAUAUAGGUUAAACUUUUGUACGCAUGAGGGCACUUUGUGUUUGUGAGUGUCUGUAUUUUUGUACCUUUUUGAAGUGCACAUCUUUUCAGCAUUCAAAAUAUUCAUAUUUGUCAGACGUUCAAUCAGAGGAUACAACCCUGAACGUAGAUACUGUAUUUCCCAAAGGAGUCAGUCAGAUUACCUCAUGAUUGUGAGAUAGAGAAAAUUGUAGAGUGAUUCUUAACUCCACGUCUUAUGUUGUAAACAGCUCUUUAUGUAACAUUACCUGAUGGGUUUUAAACAGAGGAUUUUAGCUGAAAUUGUUUUGCAUUUUAGAGUUUGCAAAUGAACACACAGACGAUUGAAAGAGAAAGCCUACAGUCGUUUAACAAAAAAUACUUUUAAUAAAACUCCCAUAAUUUUAUGUAUGUGCUAGUUUAUCUGCAGUCUAUCAGUGCAUUACCUGAAGUGGGAGAUUAAGUCAAUGAGAGUGACUAGAGUCCAUACUAGUUAGUGGAAUGCGGAGGCCCAUUUGACUGUUUUUGUGCAUUCAAUGAUAUCAGCUAACACUGCUCAAUUUGAGGAAAUGCAUUUGUGGAGCCAAACAUGGUCAAAUUUACAACGCUGAGAUUAAAUAAAAACUUUUACAACACUUGA